GUCUCGCGGAGAAAUUUUCACGAACCCUCACUAUCGCUGCGGGUGACCUCACCAGUCGCCGCCCGUUUCCCUCCCAUAUUACCUUCACUUAAGCUUCAUAAGCUUCAUCCCUCACACUCACGAGACCGCAUCCUCUGAUCUCAUCCAUGCCGCGGUGCAAGAAACACAGCUUCCUGUGCCAGCUGCUCAAAUGGCGGAGACAUAGAGGAGAGAACAAAGUCGAUCCAAUUGACCAACAAGAGAGUCAGAGAUUUCCGCACCGCCUGGUGAAGGAGACAUCCGAGUUCCAGCAUGGAGAAGAUGCCAGUGCGUGCCCCGAAAGAUGCGCAGGAUUAUCAGAAAAACAAGUCGAAAGAAGAUGAACUGAAGCAGGCAAUUGCGAACGGAGAGACGUGGAAAGCCAGAGCAGAGCAGUAUGAGAAGGAGCUCUCUGCUGCUCAGCAGAGGAUCGAAGCAGCGACAAGAGAGCUCGAAGAAACCCGCGUCAAGAAUGGCAAAUGGACGAAAGAGCGUGAAGAGAUGCAUACGCUGCUAGAGCAGCGUCGCAUCGAACUUGAGGUAGCGCAUACCUACCUCGAUUCCGUGGAUACAGUCACAGAGAAGGAUCUCGUAUGCUCCCUCGGCAAUCUCAACGCAGAGAUAUUCCAGACAGUCAUGAGUAUCACGGAGUCAUUCGCUACUGUCGAGAAGAAUGGCCUAAACGAGCAGAUCGCGGAGGCGGCCCUUGGCAUUGUCGGCCAGAAAGUCUUCAACGCAUUGUUGUCCUUUCCGGACCAUCAGCUGGACCCACUUCUCCUCGAGGUCGCCCUGCAAGUCACGAUAGUCCGUGUCAUGGGAUGGAUUAUAGACGCAUGGGAUAUUGAGCACUGGGGUUCGAGCGUGAUAGCACGCACCUACGAGCGGAUGGUAUCAUCAGAGAAUCACAGAGUCGCAGCACGAUGGCGCAUGUUGGCGCACAAGUACCAAGAGCCACAGCCGGCAACUGGACGGCAAUGGGAAGACGACUUAACGGAGAAGUUACAAUUCUGCAUUUCGGCAGUUUUCCUCGUCGCGCGAGGAGAAUAUGAUCCAGAGAAGGAAGAGGACAACGUACGCAUCAUUGUGCGCGCUGCGCUCCGCGUUCGGAAGAUGAUCCGCGAGGAUAUCAGCAGCAGUGAUUACCAGAUCACUGUUCCAGUCGUAGGAGAAUCGUUCGACCCAGAGAGCAUGACAGAUCAUUAUGCGACGAAGGGAUCCAUCCCGCCAGUAGGAGCGCGCUUGCUCUGCCCGUACGAGCUGGGUCUGCGACGGGUCGACAGGCGAGAGGAGGACGGAACAAUGGUCGUGCGCCCCGUGACACUCGUCAGGUCAAAGGUGCUUUUGGAGAGUGCGAUAAAUGAGCUGGUAGGGAGUCCAGUCAUCGGCGGAUAUGAUGUUGAUUGAGGUAGCUGCAAGAGAUGUUCUUCGCAAAUUGGAGCGACCCGGUAGAUAGCUAAAUCUCUUGAUUUUCAUUUUCGCAUAAGGCCCAUUCAGUCCGUAGUCAAUUCGUGAGAUAUUCUUGUAUGCGUCUUAUACAAAGCUUGAGCCACCAACAGUACGCCAGUGAGAAAUUUCGAGCCUUGUGAAC